CACCCCACCGUCGCCGACAAAUCUCACGAGUGUUUGCUAAAUCCCACCAAAAACCACAGGAUCUACGGUGCAAUGAUGGCGAAUUCAGAUUCGUUUCUGCAUUUGGCCAGACCGUUGGGUCCUGCGCCAGUAGGAGCGCAGCCUUCGACGGCUCCUGUUAAUGUGGUGAUUCAACCACAGGCAAUAUUCUCAAUUCUUGACCAUUCUCUGCGCCGUCCUGCGGAUCAAGAUCGCGUUAUUGGCACUCUGCUUGGCACCCGCAGUGAAGAUGGCACCGAAAUCACGAUCGCUAACUGCUAUGCCGUUCCCCAUACCGAGAACACGGAGCAGGUUGAGGUGGACAUGGAUUACCAGAAGACGAUGCUGGCACUUCAUUUACGCGCAAAUCCUAAGGAGGUCCUUGUGGGUUGGUAUGCAACGAGCUCGGAACUCAACACCUUUAGCGCUCUUAUCCAGAACUUCUACGGACAACAAGGAGAUGGGACAUGGCCGCAUCCGGCAGUUCACCUUACCGUGAGCACGAUUCCAGGAAAGGAUGUUGAAUGCCGGACAUACAUUUCUGCGCCGAUUGGAGUAACGGCAGAACGUGCGGCAGACACUGCGCUGUUUAUUCCAGUUCCGUAUGAGAUAAAGUAUGGAGAAGCGGAGAAGAGCGGCCUGGAAAUGAUUAGUGCGGCGAAGGACAAGGAAGAUAGAAGCCAGGCGGUAUUGACUGAUAUCGAGGCACUGGAGAAGGCAGUAGAAUCGGUGCUGGAGAUGCUGGAACGUGUGAGCACAUACGUUCAGAACGUUCUAGACGAGGAAGCCGAGCCCAGCAGCGCUUUGGGACAGUUCCUCAUGAACACUCUAUCACUAGCGCCAAAGGUGUCUGCGGCGGAUAUUGAAAGAGACUUUAACAAUCACAUCCAAGAUGUUCUCGUCGUCUCCUAUCUCGCAAACACGAUUCGAACCCAGAUCGAUCUCUCGAACAGACUAGCAACUGCCGCGCUGAUACAGCCGGGAUCCGGAGACCUAGGAGGCGAAGACAAGAAAGAAGGCGGUCAGCGGGACAAACGUGGAGGUCAAAGGAAUAGGCCUAGAGAACAAUAGCAUCCCCCUUUAUUGACGUUGAAUAUCUGCAUGACGUGAUGGGGAAAAGAACUUAUGGGUUUCAUGGAAAGGCGCAAAUGGAACCUUCGCGAUUAGGUUAGAUAGGAAAAGGCGAGGAGCCUUUCCGAUUGCAAUUUGAGCUCAUUCAUGCCUUA